UUGUCAUAUGAAUCCCUCCAUUUUCAGAAACCUAUAAUAUCUUGUACAACCUUCUUAACAUUCUGGUACAGAAAUCUAUACACUCAGAUUGCCUUCAUCGGCACACCCUUAAAAUUGCCAGAACCAGACUGUAAGAAGCAGGAUUCUGGCUUAAAUUAACUACAUUCAUCAAACUUUUCAGAUUAUGGGAUCUCAAGAAAGAUCAAAGAAAAAGGUCCAAUUAUGGAAGAAAGCCAUAGUUCAUUUCUUGCUCUGUUUUGUAAUGGGAUUCUUCACCGGCUUCGCCCCAACGAGUAAGUCCUCCAUAUUUUCAAGCCACGUUACAAUGUCACUCUCGACGAGUUACUCACCACAGCCCAUGGAAGUAUUGCAUCAAUCGAGAAUGCAAAAUCAAAACAGAAGUCUGUUGGACGAUACAGAAUCAGCAGGGCAGAAUCACAGUGCAAAAAAGGCUGUAGUCCCUCAAGAAGAGAAAAGGGAGAUUGAGGAAUUCAAUCCAAGAAGACUAGCUAUUGUCGUCACACCAAUGAGCACGAGAAAUAAGCUUCGUAAGGUGUUACUUAGGAGGCUAGCAAACACAUUGAGAUUGGUGGCUCAGCCGUUAUUAUGGGUUGUUGUGGAACAGCAGUCCAAUGAUUCUGAGGUUUCUGAGAUACUAAGGAAAACAGGCAUCAUGUACAGGCACGUCGUCUUCAAGGAGAAUUUCACCGAUGCACAUUCUGAAAUGGACCAUCAGAGGAAUCUAGCUCUCAAUCACAUCGAGCACCAUAGACUGAGUGGAAUAGUCCAUUUUGCGGGGCUCUCAAACGUUUAUGAUCUCAGUUUCUUCGAAGAGAUCAGAGGCAUUGAGGCAUUUGGAGCAUGGCCAAUAGCUAAACUAUCUGCCAACAGGAAGAAGGUGGUCAUUGAAGGGCCAGUUUGUGAUUCUUCACAAGUUAUGGGCUGGCAUUUGAAGAAAAUGCAAAAUGUGACAGAAAACAUCAGAACACCCCCUAUUCAUAUAUCAAGCUUUGCAUUUAACAGCUCUAUUUUAUGGGAUCCUGAGAGAUGGGGGCGCACUUCUUCUGCUCAAGACACCUCACAGAAUUCAGUGAAAUAUGUAAGAGAAGAAGUUCUUGAAGAGGAAACCAAGUUGAAGGGAAUUCCAGGACAGGGUUGCUCUAGAGUUCUGCUGUGGGACCUCCAUUUUCCCACAAAAUGUAGAAUUAAGUUCAUGCAAGCUUACCAUCAAUAAUAGUCUGAGAGAGAAGGAAAAAAGGCCAUUUUACAGUGUAGAUUACAAUUUUUCUACAUUUUCAGUUUUUUUCUUUUUUUUUUAUUGUAUUUUUAAAGUAUAAUACUCAUUUAUAUUCUGAUU